AUUUUAGGCUUUUUUUUCAUACAGACAUAAAAUUUCAAUAUGAUUCAUAGUUUAUUUAUAAUUAAUAAGCAUGGUGAUAUAUUUAUGGAAAAGCAUUGGAAGAGCGUUAUCAAUCGUUCUAUAUGUGAUUAUUUAUUUGAGGAACAAAAGAAAAUUUCAAACUUUGAUACUAUACCUCCUGUUAUUCCAACUCCGCGACAUAUACUUAUAAAUAUACAUAGAUGUAAAUUAUAUUUUGUAGCUGUCUUAUCUACUGAAUGCCCUCCUCUAUUUAUUAUUGAGUUUCUGCAUAAAAUAGUUGAUACAAUUAUAGAUUAUUUUCAGGAUUGUAAUGAAACUAUUAUUAAAGAAAAUUAUAUUGUGGUGUAUGAGGUUUUAGAUGAAAUGCUUGACAAUGGUUUUCCAUUGAUCACUGAAUCCAAUAUAUUAAAAGAAUUAAUAAAGCCUCCUAAUAUAUUGAGAACGAUUGCAAAUACAGUAACAGGAAAAUCUAAUUUAAGUUCCGAUCUUCCCAAAGGGCAACUCUCGAAUGUCCCCUGGAGAAGAACAGGAAUUAAAUAUUCAAAUAACGAAGCGUACUUUGAUGUUAUUGAAGAAAUUGAUGCGAUUAUAGAUAAAUUUGGUUCCGUUAUAUUUUCAGAAGUUCAAGGCAAUAUCGACUGUGCCAUAAAACUGAGCGGCAUGCCUGAACUCACCAUGAAUUUCACGAAUCCCAGAAUCCUAGAUGAUUCUAGCUUCCAUCUCUGUGUGAGACUCAAACACUGGGAAACUGAGAAAAAACUCAAUUUUAUUCCCCCUGACGGUAAUUUUAGGCUCAUGUCAUACAAGGUAAACUCCAACCUGGCCACAAAUAAUAUGAUCCCAUUGCACGUGCAGCAUUCUAUUACUUACUCUAAUCCCUCAAAUUCAUCCGAAAUUUCCGCUUCCAAAUCAAGCGGAGGAGGUGGUAAUAAUUUGUACAACUAUAGCAGUUCAAAUGUUAAUGCUAAUCACAAUAAUGCGACAAGUAAUUUUAGCAGGAGCUCAACGGGUAAAUUGGAUAUUGUAGUGGCGCCUAGGAAUACUGCCGGGAAAAAUAUUGAAAAUUGCACCAUCGAUAUGCUGAUGCCCAAAGCCGUUUCCAAUAUGUGUCUAACACCUUCGCAAGGCACCUAUUCUUUCGAUACCGUCACGAAAGUACUGGAAUGGGAUAUCGGUAGAAUUGAACUAUAUAAAAGCGCUCCGCAACUCAAGGGCACCAUCUCAUUGCAAUCGGGCUCUCCACCUCCAGAAUUUAACCCAACCAUAAACUUGCAUUUCGAUAUCCCGCAGUUGGCUAUAUCAGGGCUUCGAGUUUGUCGUUUGGACAUGAGUCAGGCCGAAAAAUACAAACCAUUUAAGGGAGUCAAAUAUCUCACAAAGGCAGGAAAAUUUCAAAUUCGAACUUGAAUAUAUAAUAAUUUUCUAUUUAUAUAGAUUAAUUUAUUCUAAUAAUAUUACUUUAUGUAUAUACUGGGUUAUAAGAAAAUUAAUGAGUAUUUUUAGGAAAUAUGAAUU